AUGAAACAUAGCCCUCCGAAGUUUGAGAGGAAAUUUGAUCCUGAAGGUGCUCAGAGGUGGAUAAUGGAUAUAGAAAAGAUAUUUAAUGUGAUGGGAUAUCGCAAGGAGCAUAAGGUGGUUUUAUGUCACCUAUAUGUUGGGAGAAGAAGCAGAGGACUAGUGGAAGUUUGCCAGUCAAACUCUGUCAUAGGAAAAAGGAUAUAUCUAUUGGGAAGCUUUCAAGGUAUGUUUCUAGGGAACUACUUCCCUAGAAAUUUGAAUAAACAAAAGGUCCAGGAAUUUCUUGAGCUAAAACAAGGAAAUAUGUCUGUGGGAGAAUAUGUUGCCAAAUUCCCUGAACUCAUGAAGUACUUGCCACAUUUCCAGCACAAGGAUGAAGACGAAGAUAUAUGUGCCCGGUUUGAGAAUGGGCAGAGGCCAGAGAUACGAGCAGCAGUCAGUGUGAAUUCUGGCUUCCACAGAUCUAGUUUUUGGGACAUGUUGUCUCAAAGGACGUUACAGUGGGGGAGGGGGAAAUUCUUUAAGAUAGUGAAAGAGUCCAAAUUCCAGUAG